AUGACAAUCGGAUACGGAGACCUCAGAAAAGGCAUGGCCAUCGAAUUGGACGGCGUUCCAUACCUCGUGGUCGACUACGACCGGAGCAAGAUGCAGCAGCGCGCUCCGACGAUGAGGAUACGAUUCAAGGACAUCCGCAGCGGAAGGGUCCUCGACAGAAGCUUCUCCGGAUACGACGUCAAACUGACCUCCGCGGACGUGGAGCGCCGGUCGGCCCAGUACAUCUAUGACGAAGACGAGCUGUGCUACUUCAUGGACACCGACACAUACGACCAGUUCCCGUUGGCCAGAGGCGACAUCUCCAACGAGUUGAACUACCUCAAGGAGGGAAUACGGUCGACCUGGUGUUCUAUCAAGACAACCCCAUAG